AUGUCAGGCUUACAACCUUGGGACAUCAGCUAUACGCUUCCUGGCCCAUCGCUUGACAACGUACCAUUGGACCUUGAUCACAGUGAUAUGUCAGCCAUUCUUUCGUCUGAGCACGGCACGAUGCAGCAGGAGGAUAGACCUGGUCCGAAUGAUCCACAGGCCUGCCAGAGCGAAGCACUUCCGGAAGAUGACUUGCAGCUUUGGUCCCAGGAAAACAGUAGCCUGGAGAUUGAACUCAUGCGGAAGCGCUUAGAGACAUAUUUUGUGGUUAUAAACCCGUAUUACCCGUGCUUGAACGAAACACAGACGCUCGCCCAGUUCGAGAAUUACCUGCAAAUGGACGAACAGGAGAAGUUGAGCUUCGACAGUGUUCAGUUCGUGGCCAUGCUCCAUCUUAUUUCCUCCCUCCUGGCCAUCUUGGAGGACUCUUCUAGCAAUUCCGACGACGAAAUUCCGGGCUGGACGGGUUUCAAACGUGCAAGCCAUCUUCUCUACCACACCGCAUGGCUGGCAGACGGCAAUCUCGCCACCAUUCAAACCCUAAUCAUCAAAUGUACCUACCUCCUAUAUGCGGAAAAAUACAAUGCGACUUACGACGCCGUGGGACAAGCCGUAAGGCUGUGUUUUCUCAUCAAACUCCAUACUCAAUCGGAAAACGACCAAUAUCAAAGCCCCUUUGAGACACAUAUGCGGCAAAGGGUUUUCUGGGCUCUCUACUGUCUCGAGCGAAACGUUGCCCUUGUCUGUGGAGUUCCUUAUCUGAUUCGAGACUCAGAGAUCCAGGUCCCUCUCCCCAGUGAACUGGAUGAUCAGAGUCUAGGGAACACGGAGCAGGUCCCAGAUGAGAGUCCUACUUAUUCGUUUAUCCCCCAUCUUCACUGCACGUCGCAGUGGGCUCAGCUCAGCUCUCAAUGCUGGGAUCAUCUUUUCUGUGCGAGCGCCAAAUGGCCAGUGGACGAGGAUUUCAUUAUCACAAUGGAUGCCAGGAUCGAGUAUCUGCGGAACCGAGUCCCGCAACAACUGUCCUGGAGGAAAUUUGCUGCGAACAAGGAGCACGCGGGUGACUCGCCGCCUUACAUGAAACGGCAAGCCAUGAUCCUCCAUCUGCGCUGUAACCACCUGCGGCUGCAAAUACGACGAGAGAACAUCCUGACGACGGAAUUCCGCACUCGAGAUGUACGUAACAUCUUGGACAUUGCGACAGACUCGGUCGACAUCCUCCACAGCUUUCACUUCUCGCCAGAAUUCGGCCUGCUCUCGCGAUACAUGUGCGUGACUUACAUCACAGGCGCUCUGAUUGCUGUAGGUGGUGUGAUCCUGGGCGACAAGCUAGACAGCAGCAUCCUUAUCGCCGCGACGCAAACGUUCAGGCGCGCGGUGGACGUCCUGCGUAGCAUCUCUGUGACACUCCGGCUGGCACGGUCGAAUCUCAAGAAACUGGAACGAAUCAUCGAUGCCACCGAGAGAAUCGCCCAGACUCACGAGGUGAAUUUGAUCAGUGAUAGUCUCGUCACGACGUUCACCUCGACCCAGCCAAGGUCGAGUGACACGGGCCUAGGGGACGCAGGCAGACUCCCGGACAAAGAUACCACGGUGCCCUUUGACCAGGGCAACAUCGACGACGGCCCUAUCCGCAUGAUGUAUACGCCUGCAUUCGAUGCACACUAUUGGGACUCUUUGAUACUUGACCUGUGA